AUGAUACUGGAGAACAGGAAACACGCGCCACACGUGCGGAGACACGGAAUCAAACAAUUCAUUAAUAUCUAUAACCAAAACAAAGACCGAAUCGACCGGUGCUUCAAAUGGGGCGAUGAGAUCGAGUACGUGAUCGUCCGCUUCGAUCACAACAACCAAAAAGUUAGACUCAGUUUACGUUCAAAACAAAUACUCGAUGUUAUGUAUGAGAGAGAAGAGAGGGAGGGAGCGAACCGGCGGGUGCUGUGGAGACCAGAGUACGGCGAGUUCCAGAUCGAGGCCACACCCGGACAGCCGUACGGACACCAAAACGAGUUAUGCGACGACAAUAUUUGGCACAAUCUGUUCAAUACGGUUGAGGAGAAUAUGAAGAGCCGGCGCCGGGAGAUCCGAGAGCUGCUCGAUCACGAUGAAGCUAUCAUAUGCAUCACAAACUUUCCUAGAUUAGGCAACGAAGACAUAAGUGUCCCCUAUUGUAGAGCUGAUCCGGCGAACAGCACAACAGGCAGUAUCUUUGCUUCGGAUGAGUUGACGAGCGUUUUUCAUCCGCGGUAUUUGAGGACCAGUUAUAAUGUGGUCCAACGCAGGGGUCGAAAGGUGGCCAUCAAUGUUCCCAUUUUCAAAGACACCAAAACUCCGGACCCUUUCGUCGAGAUAUUCAACGACAAGGAGUCUAAGAGAGCGGCAAAAGUGGAUCACAUUUACUUAGACUCCGGUGUGUUUGGGAUGGGAUGCUGUUGUCUACAGGUCACACUUCAGGCCACAAACAUAGACGAGGCGAUGGUUUUGAACGACCAAAUGGCACAAUUGACGCCCAUUAUGAUGGCUUUGAGCGCCGGCGGACCCAUCUAUAGGGGCUUUCUAUCGGAUAGAGACUGUCGAUGGGAUGUCAUAUCAAACGGUGUCGACGACCGGACGCGAGAAGAGUUGGGAGAGAAACCGCUGAAGAAUGAAAAGUUUAGGAUUCAUAAAUCACGUUACGCUCCCAUUAAUACAUAUUUAUGUGAAUGUAAUGCUAAAUAUAAUGACAACCCUAUUGUGUAUAACACGGAGUUUUACAACGAGAUGAUCAGUGCCGGAGUGACACCAUCUCUGGCCCAACACAUGGCAUAUGUGUUCAUAAGAGACCCGACGAUCACAUAUCGCGAGAAAUUGGAUCAAAACGAUAGCACAGAAACGGAUCACUUCGAGAAUAUUCAGUCAACUAAUUGGCAGACAAUGAGGUUUAAACCGCCGCCUCUUAACCAACAGUCCAUCGGUUGGAGAGUAGAGUUCCGUCCGAUGGAGAUCCAGAUGACUGACUUCGAAAACGCCGCCUUUUCUGUGUUCACUAUACUAUUGUCCAGAAUUAUACUUCAAUACAAUCUUAAUCUCGUUAUUCCCGUCUCUAAAGUGGACCAAAACAUGUCAACCGCUCAGAAGAGAGAUGCCGUCAAUAGAUGUAAAUUCUGGUUCAGAAAAGACAUCUUCUCAUCAAAUAUAGCACAAGAAGUGAAUAACAAUACAAACGGUUUUAAUGGUAAUCACGAGACGGAAGAUAAUGACGAGGAAUCGUAUAUAGAGAUGACUAUCAAUGAGAUAAUGAAUGGUUACGGAAAUGAAUUCCCGGGUUUAAUACCACUAAUCAGGGAAUAUGUUGGCAACAUAUCACUUGACGCUCAGACCUAUUGUAAAGUCCAACAUUUCCAGGAAAGUCAGAAACACGCGGAACACAUCCGAAGGCAAGGAAUCAAACAAUUUAUUAAUAUCUAUAACCGAAACAAAGACCGAAUCGACCGGUGCUUCAAAUGGGGCGAUGAGAUCGAGUACGUGAUCGUCCGCUUUGAUCACAACAACCAAAAAGUUAGACUCAGUUUACGUUCAAAACAAAUACUCGAUGUAAUGGAUGUGAGGGAAGAGAAAGAGGGGGCGAACCGUCGGGUGCUGUGGAGACCAGAGUACGGCUCGUUUCAGAUCGAGGCCACACCCGGACAGCCGUACGGCUAUAAUAACGAACUGAAUGGCGAAAACUCAAUGAAUAAUGUGUUUAAUAACGUGGAGAACAAUAUGAGAGAACGACGACUCGAUAUCAAGGCCUUACUCCAUGAAGACGAGGCACUUCUAUGUCUUACAAACCAUCCGAGGAUUGGAUGUGAGGACACAACUGUGCCCUUCACUAAAGCCGACCCAUUGAACAGCGCAUCCAAAAGUAUCUUCAUAUCCGACCCUCACAUCUGUGACGCAAACCAGAGAUUCUUAGUUCUCGAGAGAUAUUCUGUUGAACGCAUCGGACAUAAGGUUAUCAUAAAUAUACCCGUCUUUAAAGACAUCAAAACUGCCGACUCUUUCAUCGAGACAUUCAACGACACGGAGUCUAAUAGAGCGGCAAAAGUGGAUCACAUUUAUAUGGACGCAGCGUUUUUUGGCCGCACGUGCUCUUGCCUACAGGUAACAAUGCAGGCGACGGACAUGUAUGAGGCGUUCACUUUAUACGACCAGUUGGCGCCCUUAACCCCCAUAAUGAUGGCAUUGGGCGCCGCGACCCCUAUAUUCAGGGGUUAUUUGACGGACAGAGACGGCCGAUGGGAUGUCAUCGACUGGUCUAACGACGACCGCACGGCUGAGGAGAGGGGAGAGAAGCCAUUGAAACGCAACAAAUUCCGGAUCCAUAAAAGCCGUUAUUCGCCGAUCAAUACUUAUUUGUGUGAAUCAAACGCCGCAUACAAUGACAGUCCGAUUGUCUAUAAUAAGGAGUAUUACAAUGAGAUGAUCAGCGCUGGCGUCCCCUCACCGCUGGCCCAACACAUGGCGUAUCUCUUCAUUCGUGAUCCUCCGAUUGUCUAUAAUAAGGAGUAUUACAAUGAGAUGAUCAGCGCUGGCGUCCCCUCACCGCUGGCCCAACACAUGGCGUAUCUCUUCAUUCGUGAUCCGUGUGUCAUAUCUCGUGAUAAAUUGGAUCAAAACAAUGAUAUGGACUCUGAGUUCUUUGAAAGCAUGCAAUCAACGAAUUGGAAUUCAUUGAGGUUUAAACCGCCGCCUCUUAACCAACAGUCCAUCGGUUGGAGAGUAGAGUUCCGUCCGAUGGAGAUCCAGAUGACGGACACACAAAACGCCGCCUUUUCUGUCGUCACUAUACUAUUGUCCAGAAUUAUACUUCAAUACAAUCUUAAUCUCGUUAUUCCCAUCUCUAAAAUUGACGAAAACAUGUCAACCGCUCAGAAGAGGGAUGCCGUCAAUAGAUGUAAAUUCUGGUUCAGAAAAGACAUCUUCUCUCAAAAUACACCACAAAUUAAUUGUUUCAAAGAAAAUAGAAACAGAUAUGAGAGCGAAGACGAGUCAUAUAUAGAGAUGUCUAUCAAUGAGAUAAUGAAUGGUUACGGAAAUGAAUUCCCGGGUUUAAUACCACUAAUCAGGGAAUACGUCAAUAGUAUAUCACUUGACGUUCAGACCUAUAAUAAAGUGCAACAAUAUAUCCAAUUGAUUGCCGACAGAGCGUCGGCUAAAGUCAAGACAACCGCCCAAUGGAUCAGAGAUUUUGUGCGAAAACAUGCGGACUAUAAAUACGAUUCUGUGGUCAACGAGAAAAUUACUUACGAUUUGUUAAAUACUUUAAAUCGCAUUCAAAAUGAGGGCAUUUAA